UAGAACUAAAAGCACUUUUUUUUUUAUUAAAAAAAUUAGAACCAUAAACAUCCAUUUAUGUUAUUUUAUUUAUUGAAUGCCACACACUUCCAUUGUUUUUAGAUAUGUUACAAACUGCACAUUUGUUUAAAAAAAUGAAUUAAACAACAAAUAUUUUUUGUUUAAUUUCUGUGUGUUUGUUUAUUCAAAUUUGUUUAGCUAAUUUCUGUAAAAACUACGAAGGUUCAAAACAGGCUAGCCACUGACCUUAGCACAACAAAAACACUUUUCUAUUGAUUAAUUUUUUUUUUUUAAAUGGACGAAGAACAGCUUUUUUAAGCCAUAAACUUCCAACGAACUUUUAAAACCAAAAUGUUUGGGGUGCCGUUCACCCUCCGUGCGAAAUGAUGGCGAUAGAUCGCAUUUUCUUUUAUUUCCUUCCCUCGUCAAACAGAAGAAAAAGAAAAACGAGCGUCCUCGCCGUCCGCCAUCUUGCUGCUGUAACUGCGAGCCUGCGGGUGGAAAAAUUCUGUCUGUUUUUACUUGUUUUUCAAAAAGACUCAAACUUCCGAUUUGCUUGGCCUUCCGGUGGUUAUUAUGGUUGCAGCCCACAAACCCGCGUGAGAUUUAAAAGCUAUAACAACGCCGUAAGAAGAAGUUCGACUCGAAAGAGUUAGCCAAACGCAAACGUUCCUGGUCGCAGCAAAACCAACAUGACGCCACAACUCGGACUCGUCAUGGUCUGAAGCAGCCGGAGUCUUUGCGAGAGUUCGUCGACUUGUGCUUUUCUCAGGAUGCCCACCGGCUGCGCGCACGCGAACUGUCGCAAUGUGUUCGGGAAAUUCCGCGGAGUCACCUUCCACAAAUUCCCGAGAGACCCCGAGAAGCUCUCCCGCUGGACAAAGUUCAUGAAGAGGCACGAGAGCUGGGUUCCGAAGUACUACGACCGGGUCUGCAGCGUCCACUUCAAGAGCGAGCAUUUCGACCGAACCGGCCAGACCGUGAGGCUGAGGGACAACGCCGAACCGUCCCUCCCUCAUCUGCCCUGGCGCUUCCCUAAGAGUAGAAAACUCCGAAAAGCUGUCGACAGGACCAGGAAGCGUCCCUCUACUCAGAAUGAUAUCACACCACCACCAGAGAACAACAGUGAAGCCACUCAUCAGUCUCCACCUUCCAGUGUAAGAUUGAUCUUUGUAAUCAUCUUUUAUUUUAAACAAAAAAACAGCUAAACUGUUGCCUUACAU